GUUUUAGUUUCGCGUUGACUAGGUGUGCCGCUUAUCGUUCUCGUACUUAUUAAACCUUGUAAAAAUAAUAAUAAUCGUUCUAACUAAUCGUUCUUGACAAUGAGUGCUAGUGCAGCCUCUCUACAGUGCCCAAUAUGUUUCCAUUCUGGAGUUUUUGAAACUGCUGAAAGCUUAAGGAAUCGGUUAAUAUUCGUUUCAACAAACAAAUUAUCGUGUCCCGUUUGCCAAGAAGAAGUCAUUGGGCUAGACAAACUAACCAUACACUUGUUUAGCCAUGUAAAACUAUCACAACAUGAUGUGCACUUACACAAGAAUAUUUCUGAGAAUUUCAAAACUAUUAUUAACAAGAAUUGUGAAUUAGAACAAAAUUCUGUAAACUCUAUGGAACAGAAAAAGCCAACGAAGGCAACUGUCCCUAAAAAUAAAACCACAACUGCAUCUACAAAUCAACCAGUGAAGUUUGUAAAGAUUUAUCCAAAAUUACCCGUUGUAUCUGCGAAUGCAGUUACUACGUUAAACAUGAAACAGUUGCCAAUUGAAAAAGGUACCCAAAUAUCUAACCCAUUGAACAUUCCAUCAGUAAAAACAGAAAUUAACACAAUAUGCAACAUUUGUGGCCUACAAUUCAUUGACACAAAUAUUUUAAGAAUGCACAGGUGCUUGAUUCAUGACAUAGAGGAAAACUCAAGCCCCACAUUAACGCGAUACGACUGCCACUUGUGUACCAAAAAUUUCAAAAUGCGAGGGUCUUUGAUGGUGCAUUUACGAGUCGCCCAUUAUGGAUUUACUUCCGGAAAUGGUUCAACUGUGACAAAUACACGUAUUGAUGCAUCAGGUGCUGAGUCAGCAAGUGAUAACACCCUGUCGUUAAAAAAUGAUGGCAAACAGUGGCAAUGCGACGUGUGUCAAAAAUGUUUCACGACCAAAUAUUUUCUGAAGAAACAUAAACGUCUGCAUACAGGAGAAACACCAUACUCUUGUGCCCAAUGCAGCAAAACCUUCACUUUUCAGCAGUCGUAUCAUAAACACUUGUUGUACCAUAAUGAUGAAAAGCCUCAUGUGUGUAAUUACUGUGGCAGAGCAUUCAAAGAGCUAUCAACACUUCACAACCAUCAAAGAAUUCACACUGGAGAAAAACCCUUUUCCUGCGAAACAUGUGGAAAGUGUUUCCGACAGCGAGUUUCGUAUCUCGUACAUAGAAGGAUUCACACUGGUGUUAUGCCGUACAAAUGCACAGCUUGUGAUAAAAGCUUUAGAUAUAAAGUAUCUCAAAGGACACAUAAAUGCCAAGCACAACCCCCAGGAACAGUCAUAAGGAAUGCUGGUGAUCUAGUUGAAAAACUAAAAAAAAAGCACGCUGUCAUUACAGAUCGUGUCGAAGAAAUGACCCAGGACCACAAUGAGUCUGAUAUCCAUGGUCACAAUUGCAUAGAAGUUUCAGAAGCUAACGCUGAACUAGUCAGAUGUGGAGCCAAAUUAUCAUUCGAAGAUACAGAAACAGACAACUUUACUUUGAUUGCAGAUGCUUUUGCUGGAGAAGCGAAAUCCUCGGACACAUUGUGCAAACCUAUAAACGAAAACAUAAGGGAACUAAUAGACUCAAAUUUUGAAGAUUUAAUUGAUGCGAUUCCAUUAGAUGAUAAGAACGUUCCCUCCCCUUCAGAUAUAUUGAAAAAGUUAUGCUUGACGCAAGAUGAAGACAUUGUAAGACAAAGCGAAAAUACAGAGAACUACGAAAUAUUAAGAGAAUUUAUGUAAAGAUUUUUUUUUACUUGGCUCUUGUAACUAGGUAACAUAACGCAAAUAAUAAAGCAAAGUUUUUAAUCAAUGUUUUACAGA